AUGUCAAUGAAAGUGCGCUAUCAGUGGACAGGCGAUCUCCGUGAAGCGCUCGCGAUUAGUGUGGAGAAGCGAGAAAAGCUUUGGAAGAAAUUCCCAGUAGUCAGCCAUGACACAGAAUUGAGGGCAAAGCUUUGGGCUGAAGUGGCCGAUGAGCUCACGCAGCAAUUCGGAGUUCUCAUUGACACCGAUGACAUGAAGAAGACGUGGAAAAAUUUAAAGGACAAUUACUGGAGAAUAACCCGAUUAUAUGAGAACGACCCCACGAAGCCCAGACGGUGGCGAUUCUACCAAUGCAUGAGAUUCAUGGAUAGAGCUAACGUCGACGAUUCGAUAACUCUCGACGGUCAGUCACAAAACCCGUCAUCUUCCUCCGACACCCCACAAACAAGGUUACAAAAAGCACGAAUGCUCAUUGACGGCAUAGCGAAGCGGUUGCGUAAAGAAGAAUACGAGACGCAAUUGAGCAGUUCCGAUGGUGGCGGAUCGGGCCAAGAGGGGAGCGAUAGUUGUGGUCCGCAAAACAGUCAGGGACGUGUACGCGAUUUAAUCCAAAUUUCUGUACCGGAAAUCGACCGUUUCAUCAAAACUAAGCAGAAACCUCUCACAGGUGCCGAGAUCUACUGCAUUCCCUUCGAGGAAAUCCAGGACGUGUUAGCUACCAAACUAAAAAAUAUUUGGACAAAAUUGGAGGAUAACCACAAUGAAGAUCAAUUGGACAGUCAAAUCGAUGCAAUACAUGUCUACCAAGCAGAAAACCUCAUCUCAAAGCCUUCGGAUAGCAAUGGAGGCGGUAUGCAGCAUAUGGUUAAAUACGAUAAAAAGAUGCGGACAGAAACCGACAAGGAAACCAGACUGCUCGAACUAAUUGAAAUAGCAAACGAGAACUACGAGAUCAACGAAGAAAUUCGCUACACAGUUCAAAUAUGCGCAUCUAUUCUACGCGGUGUCUACCAUCAAGCUGCCUUUGCACUUUUUAUGCGCCAGAACAUGCCCUCGGGCCAAUUACAAACCCUUGUUGAUGCCUACGACGAUUAUGUUUACAACAAUACCAAACCGAUGAACAAAGUCAUUUCAAAGGUAGUCAAAGGUUGUGAGCCUGAAAAGCAGAAGGCCUUUAUGGCUUUGUUCUCCAUACUUGAGAGAAAUACAAACUUACUCAGUCUCAAAUGCCCAGAUGAUCGUUGGGCUGAGAUUGACAACGAAGCGAGGAAGAACAUCGAUAAAUUGUUUGCAAAGGAGAGAGCAAAAAAAGGUAGCACAUCGCCUGCACUUCAGUUUAACACCAAUCUUAGCAAGAAGCACACAAGAAAAAGGAGAAAGCAUGUCCUUACCGAAUUGGGAGCAGAGGAACAGCGACGUUUCAUGCGCAUGCGCGCAGGAAUAGCAAAGAAACUUGUGGAAUAUGUAUCGGCAAUAGAGUCUACAAAGUCACUUCUGGAAAUGGUAGAACCAGAGGACAGCGAGACAAGAGAAGAACUCGAAAAUACUCUACGAAAUGUCCGAGAAAUGCAUGAUAAAACUAAAAAUGAUCAAAAACGAUUGGAGGCGCAGUACAAGGACUUCCAAAACCGAAGUUUUGGACCACGAAGGAAAAAACGAUAUGUUCCUGAAAGCCAGAGCACCGCUCAGGAUGAUGCACCGGUGUCCACGGAUAACGGCUCCCCUGAGCCAGAUCCGCAAUUAUUUGAUCACAUUGUUAAAUUAGAACCAGAUGCUUGA